AUGCCAGUAGCAGCCAAAUCCUACCUCCCCGCCCUAACUGGCUUCAUGGUCUUCGCAAUCUCCUACACCACAAUCGUCGCCUCCAAAGAAGGCGCCGCCAUCGACGGCGCCCGCAACAGAUGGACGCAGCAACAUGCACGGGCUAGGAAUGCGUUGUCGGGCGGUGUUGGUGCCGAAGCUAUGGAGGGCGCGAUGACGAAGUAG